UUGCCGGGCAAUGACUCAUGAUGACUCAUUCAUAAAGAAACUUGCAAGCAGAUAAAAACAGAUGGACUCGUCUACUUGAAAUGCAAAAACUGCAGAGAAACAUUAUUUCAGUAGGUCAGCAACACCGGAGCUAAACGUCCACGCGCGGAACCGCAUAAGGCAGAGGGCAGAUACCACUUUGGAUUUUGUAGGUGACAGUUGUGAAGGAAACAUGAAGUGUGGACAUGAAGAUUUAUUUAGUGGGUUUGUGCUGCUUGUGAUUGUCCAAACGGUGGUUUCCAUGGUCAUUCCCAAUGCCACCCACUUAGAAGCCAUCCUGGAAAAAUACAUGGAUAAGGAUGAGGCGUGGUGGCAAUCCAAGCCAAGAGGCAAGAGAGCAAUUUCACAGAGUGAUAUGCAACUCAUUCUUGACCUACAUAAUAAGCUUAGGGGUCAAGUGUACCCCCCUGCCUCAAACAUGGAGUACAUGGUGUGGGACACUGAACUAGAGAGGAGUGCUGAGCAUUGGGCACACGCUUGUCUGUGGGAACAUGGACCAUCUCACUUACUGACCCGGAUCGGCCAAAACCUGGGAGCUCACUGGGGCAGAGACAGACCCCCAACAUUUCAUGUCCAAGCCUGGUAUGAUGAGGUGAGAGAUUUCAGUUACCCCUAUCCACAAGAGUGUAACCCUCACUGCCCCUACAGAUGCUCUGGACCGGUCUGCACGCAUUACACACAGCUGGUUUGGGCCACAAGCAACAAAAUUGGCUGUGCCAUCAAUGUGUGCUACAACAUGAAUGUAUGGGGGAUGAUCUGGGCCAAAGCCGUGUAUCUGGUCUGCAAUUACUCUCCCCCAGGUAACUGGUGGGGACAUGCACCAUACAAGCACGGGACCCCUUGCUCUGCCUGCCCACCCAGCUAUGGCGGCGGUUGCAGAAACAACCUUUGCUAUAAAGAUGAUGGCAGUCAUUAUCAUUACACCCCCGAGACAGAGGAAAAUAACUAUAUCGAACCAGAACCAGAGCCAGUCCGAAGCCAUGACACUCACUACAGGGAUGAGACCACGACACCGUCUCCCAAUGAGAACAUUGAGAGGAAUGAAGUCAUCAGUACUUCCCAGAUGUCUCAGCAAGUAGCAUGUGAUACUAGAUUACGUGAUCAGUGCAAAGGAACUACUUGUAACAGGUACGAGUGCCCACCAGGCUGCUUGUACAACUAUGGAAAAGUAAUUGGAUUGGGUCAUUAUGACAUGCAAUCCAGUAUUUGUGGCAGCGGCUUGCAUGCUGGAAUAAUAGAUGACGAUGGAGGUUGGCUGGAUGUCACCAGGGUGGGCAGAAGGCAACGAUUCUCAAAGUCCUUCAAAAAUGGAGUUCAGACUCUGGCGAAGAAUCAGAGUGCCAAUGCUUUCACCGUAUCAAAUGUCCCAGUGAAAGCAAUUAAUUGUGAAACUACGGUGGCACAAUUCUGUCCUUUCAAGAAACCAGUCCAGCACUGUCCCAGGUUGUAUUGUCCUCGUAAUUGCUUGCACAACAGCUAUGCUCGAGUAAUCGGAACCCGCUAUUAUUCAGAUAAUUCCAGUAUAUGCAGGGCAGCUAUCCACGCAGGGGUAAUUCGAAGUGACUCGGGUGGUUAUCUGGACGUAAUGCCUGUGGACAAGAGGAAGCAGUACAAGGGCUCCUACCAGAAUGGCAUCACCUCAGAAAGCCUACAGAAUCCCCCAGGAGGCAAAGCGUUCAGAGUGUUUGCGGUCAUUUGAAACCAUCCUCCAAGGACGGAUGCAAAGAAAUAGAGCUCUUGGUAAUGUAACAGCUGGUAAUUACCACGCAUUUGGUUUGCUGGUCUUGCUGGGCUGGAUUUAAGGCCAGUGCUGUCACGAAAAAUCUCCUCAACAGGAAAAAAAGACAUUGACUUUGACACCAUCUGGUCCUGAGAAAACAGAGUCUCCAUGAUUUUUUGUCUGCAUGUAAAUGUCAUGUAUAUACGAGUUGUAAAUAUAGUGAGUUUUUAUUCAUUACAUUAAUUCUUGUAUGUUUUUAUAUAGGUAUAUGUUGUUAUUUUAAGCUCAUAAAGAUAUAAAGCAUUCCUUAAAAUAACAAAAUAGGCAAUUGUGCAUGCAAACACAACAGUCCGAACAUGUUGAAUGUGUAGAAAAGGCCAUAUAAUAUUACAGUUUAUAUUUUUGUAAACAUAUUUUUAUAUCAUUUUUCAGAAGCUGCUCAAUGGUGUAUUGCGCUUUACAGUAUAUUAUGCUGCGUAUGUUCAGAAUUUGAUACUGUAACAACCUGGCAGGCCAGGAAAUCAUUAUUGCUUUAGAAGAAUUUGAAAAAUGUACCACAAAAGGAGCAAUAUGGAAAAGCAGAGGGACUUUUUUUGUGUUAUUUAUUAUCAUGCAAUCUAAAAUAAGAUAUUUAGACUCACAAUUCUUAUGUUGCAAAUAUCACUAUAAUAUCCUAUUAUGACUUUGAACAUUUUAUUGCAGAGAAAGUAUAUUGAAAUAUUUCACAAUGGUCCCAUCACAAUGUUCAGGUUUGAUGUACUAUGUAUUUGAAUUUCUGUGAUUGUUGGCUAAACACAGCUGUGAGGUUAUUUCAAAUUCAAGACUCUGGAAAGCGCAGACGGAGCCUCUGCACCUUGAAGAAUGAAAACGCAACGUGC